UUUCUUCAUAUUUUUUAUAGUAAAUAUCUACCGGUUUUGGUUGUUUUUUUAUUGAUUUAUUCAGGACUUCUUCCUUUUGAAAUUUCUUUUUAGUAUUGUUCUUGAACUCACUAGUUUUCCUCUUCCCCUUUAAUAUCCCUCAUGUUAUAAGAGGACCCCUCUAAAAAAUUCAUGCGUACGUCUUUGGUUCUGGCGAAAGGUAAACUGAGCGAAAUCCGAUAUUUCUUUUAAAUUCAUCGAAAUUUUCCCAAUCAUUAAAACUCGUGGGAUGUGCAUGGAAAACAUUUUAAUUUACAUACAAAAUGGUAGAGCAUUAGCAUUGAAACUAUUUAGAUUAAAUUCCCCAAAAAAUACAAAUUUACGGAUUAAAGAAUUAAUACCAGCAUAAUUAUGGAUAGCAUAUGAAAGGAUUAUGAAAAUCGUACAACUUUAUUGGAAAUCGAUUGCAAUAUACAUUAAAAAACACAGUAUGAAAAAUUGCCUUAAAACGUUAAAAUAAUACAUUUUCAAAAAAAACUAUAAUGACCAACUAAAAAGGUACUAUACAUUCCAAAAUAUAGAUAUAAUAAGUAGGUAUAUUUAUGCAUGCUCGGGGCACUUUGCGAUGCGAAUCCUAACAUUGUAUGGUCGCGCAAUUACAAUUCGAAAACACAAUAAACGUAAUAAAGUGAGAAAAGGUUCGAGUCGAGGACUGAGCAGCGGAUUAAACGGACAGUAAAAUCCACCGGGAUAUUUCAUUUGAGCAUUGUCCUUUUUAUAACUCGGUUCCAGUCGCGUUAUUCGUCAUAAUUAUUAGAAGUUUCAAACGCCCGCGCGUUUAAUGAACUCUCCUCCGAAGCCGAAGGGAGCGACGUUAUUACAACGUGGGUAAAUUGGUUUCGUCGAGGAGAAUUAAUUUCUCAAAAAGGUAGAGCUUGAGCCGAUCGUGCGUAAAUUAAGUGUCAUUUAUUACGAAUUUUUCCGGACUAACAGUAAAACAAUCUUCAGCGAGCUGGUUUUUUUACUGUUCAAUUAAUAAAUAGGCCGCUAUUAUGUUUCCAGUGAUAGCAAAAGUUGGUAUAAAUAGUCUCAAUGCAUUUGGAUUUCUAAACAGUCUAGUUACAGGUCGUAUACAACAAACAUUACAAAAUGAAAACCCUGUUACUUACUCUUCUAGUGACGUUGUUAACAAAUCUAGUCAGCUGCGGUUACUUGACAGGCCACCACCCCCUCCCUCAAAAUGUGAUAACCUCAAGAACGCUGGUCGGGGGAGCCGUAGGGGGGCCGCCUGGAGGGGCUUAUUCCUCCUCCCAAUUGACCCAAACCGUUGCAUCAGCUCCUGCGCAAUUUCAAUCGUCUAUUGCUACUUACCAUCCUAUCCAAUAUGGCUACAGAGGCAACCAAAAUCAAGGAGGCGGGUACAACCAAGGGAGUAACCAAGGGGGCAAUCAAGGGAGCAACCAGGGGUACAGUCAAGGAUACAAUCAAUUAGCAAAUAAUCCGGGUCAAAAUCAGGGUAACUUGCAAAAUAAUGGAUACAAUACGAACAUACCGAGUGUCCUAGCUUAUGGAUCGUAUGGAGAACCGAACCAAAAUCAAGGUUAUUAUCAAAAUUACGGGAAUAACGGACCGAACAAUUACGGAAGGUAUUGAGAUGCCCUCUUAUAAUAAACUGUAGACUGAAUUUCAAGACCAAAUUAUCUUUGUAAUAACGAUUGCUUUCUAUUAUGCG